CUCAUCAUCUGGAAUACUAGUGCGCUGAAAUGAUCAAUAAUUGCAGCCACGAGACAUCUGUAGGUUUCUAUUGGCGGGUAGUCCUGCCGGUGGAAGGGGUAUUCUCGCCAUGGCCCUUUUCUGGUCUACUGUUCUUCUCUGAAACAGAUCGUUCAAAACAAUGCGUCAGAAUUCCCACGUUUCAUUCUUUUCGUAUUGUUGAAACACAUGUUUUUGUUACAGCGGUAUUUCUGGCAACGCGUUAAAAACGGUUAUUCAGUACUUCACUUUCUUUUCGGUGUCAACGUCAGACAUAACCUCAUGUCAAGACAAU